UGCUAAACAGCAAACAAAAUGGUGGGAAAUUUAUAAGUGUUUCGUUAAUGAGGUGUAAAAAGUUUGUUAAAAAAGUGAAGAAUAUUAAAUUAUAAUUAAAAUAUUAAUUAAAAAAUAUAAAAAGCAAAUAAAAUAAAUUAAAGGAAUAUAAAAUAAAAAGAAAAUUAUAGAAAUAUGAUAAUUUUAAUGGUUAUAAAUGUAAAUAAAGAAAUUUUUUUGAAACGUGAAGAGAAUUUUAAGGAAUUUUUUUUUUUAAAUUUUAAUUUUUAGUAGUUUAUUUUGUUAAAAGUUUAUUAACAACUAAAAGAUGUUAAAGUUUAUUAUAUUUAAGGCUUUGUUUUUUUUCUCUCAUUGUAUUAAUUUAAAAGCAACACAAACUCCACUAUGUCUGCCGAUGCUGAAGCUGCAAAAAAUGAGGUGGAACAUCACGAAGAAGAUGUUCACGAUGCCAACUACCAGCCACCACCAGAAAAAACUAUUGAAGAAAUUAUGGCAGCCGAUCAAGAAGAUGAAAGUUUAAGACGUUACAAGGAAACUCUAUUGGGAGAAGCACAAGCAGAAAAAAUUAUUGUUGAACCCAAUGAUCCCCGUAAGGUUAUUGUUAAGAAAUUAGCUUUGGUUGUGGAAGGACGUGAUGAUAUGGAAUUAGAUUUAACCGGUGAUCUAAGUCAGCUUAAAAAGCAAGUUUUUGUUAUUAAAGAAGGUGUUCAAUAUAAAGUACGCAUUGAUUUUAUUGUUCAAAGAGAAAUUGUGCACGGCCUUAAAUACGUACAAAAGACUUAUCGUUUAGGUGUCCCUGUUGAUAAAAUGACACAUAUGGUGGGAUCUUAUCCUCCCAAAAAGGAAAUGCAGUGCUAUAUAACACCCAAUGAAGAGGCACCUUCUGGUCUAAUGGCUCGUGGUACUUAUUCGGUUUCUUCGCUCUUCACCGACGAUGACAAACACAUUCAUCUCAAGUGGGAAUGGACAUUUGAAAUAAAAAAGGAUUGGGAAUAAGUCAUAUACAACAACCAUUAAAAAAUGCAACAAAAACAACAACAAUAGGCUGCAAUAAUUAACAACAUUUCAAAAUUAAUAAAAAAAAAACACAAAUUUUUAAACAAACAACAAAAUUUAAAAUUUAUUAACCAAAAAAA